AUGACACAGUUCCAAACAGUCUUGAUACCUUGCGGUCGCGCAGGCAGCUUAGCAGCUACUCCAGGUGAAAAGCUUAUGGAACUUCUGCGGCCCAGUGCUGGCACUCCCCGCAGACACUCCACGGCAGCAUGUGCUCCGGCACAGCCACAGCGGCCGUCAGGCUUUGUGUACUGUCCGUCUGACGCGCUGCCAUAUUGCCCGCCUUCCAGAAUUACGCAACCAAGACCUAUUUUGAAACUUCAACCACCACCACAACACCAGCCAGUGCAACCACAACCGCCACCCGUCCCGCAGCGAACUACAGCAACCGUGACACCUACACCGCUUCCUGUACCACCACCCGCACCACCACGUCGGUCCUCCCCACAACCACCUAGACGAGUGCCCCCUCCCACUCCUCCUAGACCCCCCGCAGCCCCUCCGAUACAGACAGACCCUAACGGCAAUCGCAAUAGUCGCACUGUGGCACCAGUCCAACCACAACCGCGUCUCGACUGCAAUAGAAACCCUCAGCAACAACAAACGAGAAGACCUCCUCAAAGAAUUCCAGACUCCACACCUUUUACUCCUGCACCCUUACCCCAAACUCCUGUCCCACCAAUAAAGCGAUCUCCAAGUUCUGGAUCAAACAUUAGUGUACGCCAAGACUCGAACGUGUCUUCAGAUUCCUUUAGCCAGACUUCCUCACCUUCAUACACAACAAAGACAAUGGAAGCUCCGUUGUUGCCCCAUCAGCAUUUAAAUAAGAGUCUAAACGCAAAAAUAGCGCGAGGCCUGCUUUUAAAGGAGCAACAGGAUCGGGACUCAGGGAACGGGUCCAUCACCAAGAGUAUGUCCACACCGGCGUCUCUGCAGACGAUUGUCAGAUUUCAAAAUGGGAGCAAUAUGUCUUUACAUCACCGGAUGCUUCGUGACAUGCGAGGCGCCAGUAACGUCCCUUCACCUCAGAAGUUCCGUGUCAUGCAAUUAGCAGCGAAUGCAGUGUUUUUGCUGGUCAUCGCCGGUUCUCUCUUCAUCUACUUCCGUGCCAACCCUGCAGUACAGGUUUCGCUGAAAACGGCCAUGGCCAUGAAGAAAAAAACAUUGCGAAACCAAAGCUUUGAUAACAAAACAAUUAUUGUGCUCGUAUCUCAAAGCCCUGGCUUGCCCUGGCAAGCUUUAGGCAACAAUUCCGUCUUACCUGCCGUCUUUCAGUACGUCUCUCAAGUGGUCAACCGGACCACUGUGAUCACUUGGCCAGCAUCUACAGAACCACCUGGUGCAAGAAACCCUGCUCCUGGAGUGUGCCUGCCAGUUAUUGUCAACUUCUGCCAACAGCACAGAAUACCAUACAACUUCACCGUGUUUCCUAACUAUAUUGGACAUUUUGGACAAAGAGAUGCCCAGCAGGAUCUGGAGGUGUAUGAGGCAGUGGUCGAUGUCCGAUGUUAUGACCUAACAGCAUUGUUUCUAUGCUCACUUUUUGUGCCAAAGUGUGGGCCUCUGGGACAUAUGGUACGGCCCUGCAGAAGUCUAUGUCACGAAACAAUGCGUCGUUGUGGAUUUUUCCUGGAAGUAUUUGGCUUGACAAUGCCAGAUUAUCUACAAUGCGAUAUAUUUCCGGAGUCUACUGAUACCGACGUUUGCCUUGGCAACAGAGAGGUUAUUGAUGCUCGAUUCAGGGAUGAUAUGCCAGUAUGUCCAACCGGAUUCCAAUGCGACAUCCGGCGAUGUAUUCCACACGACUGGAGAUGUGACGGACACGUCGACUGCGCCGAUCGUUCUGACGAACUCAACUGCCGCGUCUGCAAGCGAAGCGGCGAAGUGCACUGUGGGAAUCAGAGAUGUAUUUCACAAGCUCAUUUGUGCGACGGGAAAGUGGACUGCCCGUGGGGACAGGACGAGAGAAAUUGUUUACGUCUAAGCCAAGCAAAUGGUGACGUGGGUCGAGGCGAACUGCAAGUGUACCGUGCAGCGAAUCACUCCUGGUUUCCAGCUUGCAUAACAACCCUGGAUGAUGACACCGCAACCAAACUAUGCUCCAUACUCGGUUACUCGUUUCUAAAUAAAAGCAAAGCUGUAAUAAACGAGUCGAAGCCAGCGGUAAGCAGCAUCAAAGCAGCCGUGAACGUCAGUGCGACACCAUCACCUCGUGCAAGUUGGUUCCAUGAGCAUGGUGCUGCGCAGACGUACCGAGCCUUUCUCAGAACCCAAGGCGGACUGCUCAAGGAGUUGAAGGAGUGCAGGCGCGAUUCACCCAGAGUUCACCUCGUCUGUAAUAACUACGGUGAGUUUAGUUUCUAA